CAGCGCCUCCCAAGCAUGGAGCAGUCUGGCAGGAUUUGGGGCAAGAGCCAGUUGUGUAGAGAAGCAGCAACAUGGGAAAGAAUGGGCACGAUUGGCCGGGACGUCGGGGUUUCCUUAGAAGGUGCCCCGGAAGGCGGCCCUGCAAAAGGGCAGGAGACGAUGACCGUCCUAAGGCCAAGACGGGGCAAGCAGCUGCUGUUCCUGGGCAUCAUGACAGUCACGGUGGCGGUCAUCUUCCUGCUGUUCUACACUCUCCUCUGGAAGGCCGGCAACCUCGUGGACUCGCCCAACCUCAGAAUCGGCUUCUACAACUUCUGCCUGUGGAACGAGGGCACCGGCUCCCUCCAGUGCCGCCAGUUCCCUGAGCUGGAGGCCCUGGGGGUGCCGCGGGUCGGCCUGGCCCUGGCCAGGCUCGGUGUGUACGGGGCCCUGGUCUUCACUCUCUUCGUCCCCCUGCCCCUCUUCCUGGCCUGGUGCAACAGUAACGAGGCAGAGUGGCGGCUGGCGGGGGGCUUCCUGGCGACGUCCUCCACGCUGCUGGCCAGCGGCCUGGGCCUCUUCCUCACCUACACGUGGAAGUGGAUCCGGCUCUCCCUGCUGGAGCCUGGGUUUCUGGCUCUGGGCACUGCCCAGGCCUUACUCCUCCUCUUGCUUAUGGCCACGUGUGUGUUCCCUCAGAGAGCAGAGGACAAGGUCAAGCUUGACAGCUGCUAGUUCCGUCGAGAGGCUCACGAUGGCAAGAGUUCAGUUUGAACUAUGCUCAGAGAAGGUGCCAGAAAACUCAUGGGCUGGCAUGUCUUCUCAGCCUGUUUCAUAGCAAAUGCCGGCCUCAAGCUCUGGCAGACGGGACCCACCACAGAGGAGGUGGGGGUACCCAGUGCCGAGAAGGCCAAGGGUGCAGCAGUGGCAGCCGCGGUACCUGCGGCUUGUUAGCAUGGGGCUGUCCAUCCUUUGGGACUUCCGAGGUUCCCAAGGACACACCACAAAAAGCUCAUUGUCACGACAACUCCUUUAACUGACAUAAGGAUUCCCAUCACGAGGCCUGAUUUCUAGGAUAAUUAGCCACAUGUCACACUGGAACCGAGUGAAGGUUCAUGGCAACAAAGGGGGGACGUUAUGAGAGAGUGCACCUCAGCCUCCCUGGGGCCCUGGUUAGCAGGCUCCCCCUCCCCACGGUGGGUGUGAAGUGACGAGCCCGUCUCCCAAAGGCCCACGAGUGAUCCCUGAGGGAGUCACUAAAGACAGAACAUGUGGGCACAAAGACAAGCCUUGGUGGCUUUGAAGGUUCUCCCGAAAAGUCUCCCAGACCUGAAGCCAGACAGAGCAGGGGCGUCAGCUGGUAAAUCGUUCCCAGCAUGUGACCUGGGAGUUGGGAACACAAAACGCCGAAUCCCUGGGCAGGAGGAAGGUGAAAAGAACUGAGGGGUUCCAUACAGAUGUCGAGGACUUCACUUCUCCACCCAGAAUUGGAAAGGACAUAAACAUAGCUCACACACUGGGGAACUGUUUGUAUUUUUCAGCACCUAUAUAUUGGAAAACCUAUACAGCAAAUGACUGCCUUAUUCUGUGCCUGUCAAAAACCACACUGAAUAGAGUCAGAAAC